UAAGAAAGAAGAAGAAUCCGAGGGUAUCCUCCUCGGUGAUGAUUCCACUGCACAAGUGUAAACACGUUGAAACGUAUAUUUGCGUGUAUUUGACCUCGUAGACAUUCGGAGCAACGUUCGAGCAUUCAAUUCUGUUCCAAAAGACUGAGAUAAUGGAUAUAAUAAUUAUUUAAUCAAUUGUCUGCGUAAAUACAAAUAAUCAAGAAUGAAGAUAAAUUGUAACGUAGAAGUGGUGAAUAGAUCACUGCCUGCUCCAAGGAAAAAAGCACAACGAUCUUGUUUGGCUAUUGGGAGGCAGUCUGUAAAAAAUAACGAGCUGCAUCUCCUUCUUCAACAAACUACACAAAAUAAAUUGGGAACUAAAUACAAGAUUGAUGAGAACAUUGAGAAAGUCUUCACAAAAUUUGUGAACAAUGGAAAAGCGACGAUUCGACUUAAGGAGCCUCCGCACGACUUAAAUAUUCAGUGUGAUGCAAUACAGUUGAAGAGUUUCCUUCGCACAUUGCAACUUGGUCUAUCGAAAAAACUGGAUGCUUCAGUACUCUGUAUAUCCAAUAUGAACCCAAAGAGCAUUGCACAAGCUCCGAAGACUAAAGUAACCAUAAAGAACAAGGCAGAUUAUCCAGUGCUACAAGGGUUUCCAAGAACAACUGAGGAAUUGAACAUCGUUGGUUUAGAGAGGAAGUCAUUUGAUCGUCAGAUAUUAAGGCUGCAGAGUCUACGAGUAUUAAAUUUAUCGGAUAAUAAAAUAACGUCAUUACCGAAAGAACUGGCUUCAUUACCGUGUUUAAUUGAAUUAAUUGUGUCCAACAAUGCACUUGGAAGUGGAGGGAGGAAUAAAUGGACUUGGAUGAAUGAAGGAACUCUUUCAAAAACGUUGAAGCUCUUGGAUUUGAGUGGAAAUGGAUUAAUUCAUCUGUCAAAUCAAAUAGGAAAAUUGAAAAAAUUGGUGACCUUGAAUGUCAGCUGCAAUUCUCUGACAAGCCUUCCCACCAGUAUUGGAACAUUAUCUUCGCUGAAAUACCUUGAUAUAUCUCAUAAUUGUAUACAAAACCUUCCGGGGAGCCUAAUGAAGUUCAGAUUCGAGGGCCUUAACAUCGCUCACAAUCCCGACAUUUCUCGAGUCAGGUCGCAAUCUUUCGCAGUGAAUUUCACUGUAUCAACGCUCACACAGUUGGGGGCACAAAAAGUUUUAUAUUACAGACUUCCUUAUGAUGCUAGCAUUAUCCCAUUCACCCUCGUGCCAUGUUUGGAUAAUGCAACCUACUGUGUAUGUGGCAAAGCUGUCGUGGGCCAAUACAAUUGCGUAGAGACAUCCAAAAAUGUUAGCCAAAUAGCAAACGAAGUCACCGCUUCAGGGGACACCAAUGUUUCGUUUCAGUGUGUUGUAUGCUCUCAUGACUGUGUUAAAAGUCUGUUAUUUCCACGAUGAUGACCAUAAAUUCCUAUGUAUUUAUUUCUCACAAUAAUAAACUUAUUUUUAUACUUCUUUAA